UAAGCUAUUGGUAGCCAUAUUGCAGAAGAGCGAAGAGGGGAGGUAUACUGAGGGCCAACAACGGUCGAGAGCCGCCGCCGAUUCAGUGCGUUAUAAGUGGCUGUCACCCGAGAGAGUGGUUUUCACGUAUACGCAACAGGUUCUCCGUGCGUAUUGUUCGCGCGAGCGUGAGUCUGCAGAAGUAAAAGCCCGGCUUUCAACUCUUCCAACAAGAGUCAGAGGAGAGAAAAAGCUUGAAACAGCCAAGAGCAAACAAGAUCAUCCAACAUGCCGAAAUCGGUCAAUGUUCGGGUGACGACGAUGGACGCCGAGCUGGAAUUUGCCAUCCAGCCGACGACAACGGGCAAACAGCUGUUUGACCAAGUUGUCAAGACAAUCGGUCUCCGCGAAAUCUGGUUCUUUGGACUCCAGUAUACCGACAGCAAGAGUUAUUCGACAUGGCUGAAGCUCAACAAGAAGGUGCUGAAUCAAGAUGUCAAGAAGGAGAGUCCGCUGCAGUUCAAAUUCAGGGCCAAGUUCUACCCGGAAGAUGUGGCUGAGGAAUUGAUUCAAGACAUUACGGUGCGGCUCUUUUACCUGCAGGUCAAGAAUGCCAUCUUGACGGACGACAUUUAUUGCCCGCCCGAGACGUCGGUCCUACUCGCCUCGUAUGCCGUCCAGGCCAAAUACGGCGAUCACGAUAAGGAACUCCACUCUUCCGGUUACCUGGCCAACGACCGCCUUCUUCCGCAACGAGUCAUGGAUCAGCACAAUCUGACGCGGGAGCAGUGGGAGGAGCGCAUCUCCACCUGGCAUGCGGAACACGGAGGAAUGCUCAGGGAGGAUGCCAUGAUGGAAUAUCUGAAAGUGGCUCAAGAUCUGGAAAUGUACGGUGUCAAUUAUUUCGAGAUCAAGAACAAGAAGGGCACUCAGCUCUGGCUCGGCGUUGACGCUCUCGGACUCAACAUCUACGAAAAAGAUGACAAAUUGACUCCGAAGAUUGGGUUCCCAUGGUCAGAGAUCCGCAACAUUUCUUUCAACGAUCGUAAAUUUGUGAUCAAACCAAUCGACAAGAAAGCUCCGGAUUUCGUCUUUUUCGCGCCUCGCUUGCGCAUCAACAAGCGAAUCUUGGCCCUGUGCAUGGGCAACCAUGAGCUCUACAUGCGCCGACGCAAGCCGGACACGAUUGAAGUGCAGCAGAUGAAGGCCCAGGCCCAGGAGGAGCGCCGAUCGAAGAUGAAGGAGCGCGAGAAGUUGCAGCGAGAAAUCCAGGCUCGUGAAAUGGCUGAGCGCAAGCAGCAAGAAUACGCCGACCGGCUCAAGUCGAUGCAGGAAGAGAUGGAGCGCCGGCAGCGCGAGCUGCUGGAAGCCCAGGAGACGAUCCGUCGCCUCGAGGAGCAACUCCGUCAAUUGCAAAAGGCCAAGGAAGAGCUUGAAGUUUCGCAGAAGGAGCUGCACAACAUGAUGAAGCGGCUGGAGGAGGCCAAGGAGAUGGAAAUGGCCGAGAAGAUCAAGCUGGAAGAAGAGAUCCGCGCCAAACAGGUCGAGGUCCAGCGCAUCGCCGAGGAGGUUCAACGCAAGGACGACGAGACUCGUCGUCUCCAGGAAGAGGUGGAAGAGGCUCGAAGGAGGCAAGAAGAGGCUGCAGCGGCCCUUAUUGCCGCCACGACUACCCCACAGCAUCAACACGUCAACGAAGGCGAUCACGACGAAGGAGAGGAUGAGGAUGAAGAUACACCCAACGGUGACAUCAGCGCGGGCAAUGAUUUGAUAUCGGAGAGCGACAUCAACUCGAUCCGCGAUCCAGUUGAAGACCGCCUCACUUUGGCCGAGAAGAACGAACGUCUCCAGAAUCAAUUGAAGAUGUUGAAGAAGGAUUUGGCCGGCACCAAGGACGAGACCAAAGAGACGGCCAUGGAUAGGUUGCAUAAAGAGAAUGUCAAGCAGGGUCGCGACAAGUACAAGACGCUACGGGAGAUCCGCAAAGGCAACACCAAACGGCGUGUCGAUCAGUUUGAAAACAUGUAAAACUCUUGCGACAAACCACAAAAACGACACGCCACUUUUAAUCAUUGGCUCUUGUCUUUUGUUGUUGAAUGUUUUCAUUGUGGGUUUUGUUUGUUUCAUUUUUUUUUCCUUUCCUGAUUCUUCUCCCCCCCUGGGUUCGAGGAGAGUGCUUUCUUUAUCAAUUCAUCCCGGCGCAAAAUGGAUGGGACAAACAAACAUAAAAAUAAGGGGGACAAAAAAACAAAAGUUAAAAGGCAAUUUUCUUACGAAGGAGAAGAAGCUUCCAUAUUGUUACGAAACAAAAAUCAGAUUUUUCUUGUCGCUGUUUGGGGUGCUUCUAUUCGUUUGACCCCGCAACAACACCAGAGAAGAUAAAAAUAGUAAAAAGGGGGGGACGACGUUACACACAUUCGAUUCGACCUGGUGUUAACAACAUAUAUUAUGCCUUAAACCCAUUAAAGUGUUUUUUCUCUCUC